UCAUGUCUGCAUGUCUGACUUUUGAGGUUAUGUUUUUAAACGAAAAAUUGUGUUAUUUUGUCUCAGUUUCACCAUUUUCGUCGAAUUCGUGUUAGGCUUUUAGGCAUAUCAAGAUGUCCAUGGUGGUCUGCUCAAAGAUUUCAACUAACACCAGACUUUCCCCAAAAAACCAGAUCAGACACCACUACUUGUCAUCUUUGUUACCCUUUUGCUGUACCAAAGCCCAAAUUGAAGCAUUCUACUGCCAGGAUUGUGAUUUCGAGACAGAACUAACCCUCCUCUACAAACAACACCUCCAAAAACACCAUAACGUGAAAAAAAAAUUAGCAAACGACAUAAUCAUUCACAAAUUUUUUUGUGACAAGUGUGGCUUUGAAACCCAUUUCUCCAUGAAAUGGUUGCAACACGCUUCCACAUGUGUGACAACCCCAAAACCGCCACCCUCCAGCGAAAACACCAAAAAGAAAAUUUUCUCCUACAACUGUGACCAGUGCGAGCACAAGUACAAAAACAGGUCGUCACUAUACUUGCACAAAAUUUGCAAACAUGUGACCGACGACCAAGCACAUUGGUAUUGUUGUACCAUGUGUUCCUACAAAGCUAAACUAAAAGGGCAGUUGAAAGUGCACACGUAUUAUCGCCAUUUGGACGAAGAUCGCAUUAAGUGGCAUAAAUGUGUCGCUUGUCCAUACAAAACUAAACAGAAGUUCCAUUUGAAGAUACACAUGAAGGUGCAUCAUUUGGGAGAACAGGAUAUUGAAUGGUUUGAGUGUGCAAAGUGUUCGUUCAGGUCUAAACAUAAGUCGUCUUUGAAUAGUCACAUAAAUGCGCGGCAUUUGGAUGGAGAAGAUGUUAAAUGGUAUGAAUGUAAAAAGUGCAGUUUUAAGACGAAAGAAAAAUCGAAUUUAAGUCGACACAAUAUCGCGCGACAUUUGGAUGAAAAGGAUAUUAAAUGGUAUGAGUGUGAACAGUGUCCGUACAGAGCUAAAGCCAAACACCAUUUGAAGUACCAUGUGAAGGCGCGGCAUAAAAUUACCUAAUUGGAACGAUGGAGACUAUUUUUUUGCAAAUAGAAUAUGGACUGAGGAGAUGUAGAGGAAGUUAGGGGCUCAAAAAAUGGACAAGAAUAAGAAAGAAGUCAAAUGUACUAGAAUUGUUUAUUGUUAAA